CAGUUUAAACGUCAAAGGCCCAGGUCCAGGCAAAUACGUUCAAUCGGCCUAUUAGCUUUUGUAUUUGAUUAGGGUUUUCUGCUUUCAUUGUUUUGAGAAGAACACAGAGCAGAGCAAUUAGGGUUUCACAGUGACACAAGCGCUUCGCAAUGGCGAGAAUCAAGGUUUACGAGCUGAGGAACAAGACGAAAGCAGAGCUUCUGAACCAAUUGAAGGAUUUGAAAGCCGAACUCGCUCUUCUCCGUGUCGCUAAGGUCACUGGUGGAGCCCCAAACAAGCUCUCGAAGAUAAAAGUGGUUCGGCUUUCGAUAGCGCAAGUGCUGACGGUGAUUUCGCAGAAGCAAAAAGCAGCGUUGAGAGAAGCUUACAAGAAUAAGAAGUACUUGCCUUUGGAUCUGCGUCCCAAGAAGACCAGAGCUAUCAGAAGACGCCUCACAAAGCACCAGGAAUCAUUGAAGACAGAGCGUGAGAAGAAGAAAGAAAUGUACUUCCCAAUUAGAAAAUAUGCAUUAAAGGUGUAAUGUCGAUCCAAGUUUGGGUGAUUUUUUUGACGUUGCUUUCUAUUUGUUAUUUGACAUAAUUUUAAAGUUUUUCAGUUUUCUUAGGUUCUA